UCGGCUAUAGACCCAAAACAAAAGCAAACCUUCUUGCCACCUGCGAGAACCACGUGUAGCCGACAUUCAGAAGCAAAAAAGAAAAAAAGAAAAAAAAGUAAAACGUAUGAAAUAUACGAAAGGUGAUUGAAGAAGAAGCAUUAUUCAGCUCUGCUCUCACUGUAUUCUUUGAUGCUCGGUGAUACCUGGUUUACAAUAACAUCGAAAAGAAGAAGGGUCACCGGUAUUUGUUCCAUGGUCAGCAUUGCAGAUAUAAGUGAAAGGUUUGGAAGAGAGAUUCGUGUUUUUGAAACAAUGUCACUUUCUCCGUCACCAAAUGCUGCAGCAAAUACUGAAGAGCAGACGGAUGACUUCUAUGAGUUUACUGCUGAGGAUUAUUACGAAAUGGUGGCUUCUAAAAUGGCAGAUAAAUUCAUGAAGACUCGAAAAAUCCGAGAAGCAGAAGAGGCAGCUCGUCGGUCCAGAAUGACCAAAGCAGUGAUCAGAGUUCGCUUCCCUGAUAAUCAGACAUUGGAGGCUACUUUUCACUCAUCUGAAACAAUCCAGAGUUUAAUUAAUCUUCUUAAUAAAUUAAUUGCACAACCAGAGCAGCCAUUUUAUAUAUAUACUACUCCGCCUAAGAAGGUGAUCAAAGACAUGUCUCAAGAUUUCUAUAGUGCUGGAUUUUGUCCUGGUGCUAUUGUGUACUUUUCAUAUGAUGUUCCAAAAGGUGAUAGUACUUUGGAUCGCCAAGUUUUCCCGCACCUACUUGAAGAGGUCAUGUCCUUGAAGGGUUUGGAAGUAGCAAAUGAUCAAGGCAAGCCGUCAGAGCCAGUGCAGUCAGCGGUGCCGGUGCCCGCAGCAGAGGCAACACGACCUAUUGCUGUGGAAGAACGUAAACCUGCUGAGAAAAAGUUUGUUAAACCAAAGUGGCUGAAAAUGUGAUAUCACUUGUAAGAGUUUAGGGUAGCUCUCAGUGUACUACUGCAUCUAUGUUGUUAUGGUUAAUCACUUUUGUAAGAACUUUACCUCUUCCAUCUAGAACUCAAAAAUAGAUCAUUUGGCAAGUUGUUCUUUAUCUCUCAAUUCCUGUAACACUAUGUAUGUAAAAAUGAUUCAAUUUGGUAAUACUUCUCAUCAUGGAUCUCAAUGUAGUGUAUCAUCAUAGAAUCAAAAGAAUGGACCAUAGUUUAGUUUA